AUUAAUAUCAUAACCCAGGGGUUGGGGGAAAAUUUACCCUAUUCAAAAAAGGACCGACGUCUCCUUCUUCACUUCGACUACUGGUUUUGCCCUAAUUUUCGGUGAAUUCCUCUUGCCUCUGUGUAACUAACAGUUAGGUGAAUCCCCCCAACUCCAUCAACUUCUGCGGCCGCCGCCAAGAUUCAAGAAUCGACGCUGCUUUCGCUCCCUGUUCUAUAUUGACCGGUUUCAUUAUUCUUAAAAAAUGUCAUCCCUAAAGAAUGCAAUUCCUCGACGGGCUCAUAAGGAGCGAGCUCAACCGCACUCGAGGAAGAAAUUUGGGCUUCUUGAGAAGCAUAAGGAUUAUGUUGUUCGUGCUAAAGCUUAUCACCAGAAAGAGGAGACUUUACGGAGACUCAAAGAGAAAGCUGCAUUUAGGAAUCCAGAUGAGUUUUACUUUAAGAUGAUCAAAACAAAAACUGUUGGUGGAGUCCAUCGACCAGAGAGUGAGGCAAACAAAUACACUCAAGAAGAAUUAAUGUUAAUGAAGACCCAAGAUAUAGGAUAUAUUCUUCAGAAGCUACAAAGUGAAAAAAAUAAAAUUGAAAAAUUAACUACCAUGUUGCACUCUCUGGAUAAUAAUCCGGCAAACAGACAUGUGUACUAUGCCGAAAACAGGGAAGAGGCUAAACAAAUAAAGUCUCAAUCUGAAAGAAAGGGUAUUGUGCCUGCAUCUGAGGACAUUCCUGAUCAUAUUAAGAGGAAGACUGCUGCUUCCUAUAGAGAACUAGAAGGGAGGAGAAGUCGAGUACAAGAGUUGGAAAAAUUAUAUAUGGAUAUGGCAUUGCAGAAGGAAUUACAGAAGAAGGGUCGGAAACGCAAGCUCCGUGAGGAAGAGAUUGUAUCCCCAACAUCCCGACCAGUAUACAAGUGGCGGUCAGAAAGAAAACGGUGAAGAAGUGUAUGUUUUGUAGGGAAUUUGGUGAAUUAGAUUUAAAUUUAUGUUUUGGAGAAUUAUUAGAUUUAGGACUAGGCAGUUGAAGUAAAAGUUCAAGUUGGUGGGAUGUAUUAAUUACCAUGUCUAAGUGUAGUCAAUGUAGUUUUUAUGUCUAGCUUGACAAUAGUAAAAUUUUCUAUGUUAACUGUGUCUGUGGUAUAAUUUUUGGGUUUCUAAGUGUUGUAAUUUGGUGAAUUACUGCUCUGCCCUAUAGGAAAUAAAAUUUUGGUGGUU